ACCUCCUGAAUCCAGUCUCUGUCUUCCAUGCUGCCUUUGUUCCAACAUUACCCAUCAAAAGAAGUAACAUUAUUAACGUCUGUGUUCUCUGCUCCUAGUUUCUUCCUGCUCUGAUCCAUUUUUUAACACUUCUCUUUUUAUAUUUGUUUAUAUUCCUGUCUUAAAGUGAUUCUUAUAUUACUUUCCUGCUGAAAAAACUUCCACUGGCUCUUUAGUUCUUAGGCAUUAUGUAGCCUUUUAAGAUUUUAUUGUGGUUCACCUCUAGGGCUUCGUAUCCAUUCAGUCUUGUCCUAGACACCAGCCACGAGCCCUCACCUGUGUCAGGCAUUUUCCCUUUUUCACACACUUUUGUUUAUGGAUAGAGACAGACUUUGGGGUCACAUGGACUAGGUUCACAUUCUAGUUAUGUCACUUACUUGCUGUGUGAUUGUGGGCAAGACCUCUGAAUGUCUUAACUCCAGUUCCUCUAUCUCCAGGGGCAACAUUAGCUGCCGUACAGGGCUGCUCUCCUAAGUCAUAUGGCAUAUUUGCAAGGGACUGGUGCACAGUGCUAUGUGUUAGUCUCUUUGUCUUGCUUUUUCCUCUCAUCUUCUGUCCCUGGUGGUUACCUGGACUUAGAUCCUUUUUCUUUCGCUUUCUUCGCUCUCUCUUUCCUGGAGAGUGUACCUGUUUUCCUGACUUGAGAGUUUCUCUUUGCGAGAAGCCCUCACAUCUCUUUCUGGAGCGCCAUCUACUCCCUGAGCAGUGCUGCCAGCUGCAGCCAUCUGUCUAGCAUUCCUGGCACUGCCCUGAAUCAGCACUGCCUGCAUUUCCAUCGUGGUUUCCUCCAGACCGGCUCCUUGUCUUCCUCAGAGACCCUGGUAUUUUCCCAGGGGAACGAAAACUUUGGCUUUAUUUUCAACUUACUCCCCUUCUUAAUCCUCAUCAAGUUCUUUAGUCCAGAAAUUCCACCCCUUUUCUUCUGAAAUCCCCCCUUUUCUCCAUUCUUGCUGUCACCCCUGCUAGCCUUAUAUGUCUAGCCUGUGGUCUGUGUCUAUUAACAAAAGCACUGUGGCCCAGAGGCCAGACUGCCUACCAGGGAAGCCUAGUUCCAUCACUUGCAAGCUGUCUGGAUUUUGUUUUCCAGGUCCUUCAGACCAGAUCUGUGCUCCUGGACAACAUCGUUUUCUGCUGCAGCCCCUCCCACCUUUGGUCAGCCUGGCCUCUGCAGUUUUCUAGAUGGGACUCCAUUUAUCUCUUCCCAGCCCUGUGACCUCAGGCAUUGUCUGGUUACCAGAAGACUAUUUCAAUGAGAAGUGCCAAGACCCAUCAUCAUUGAAUACAGCAUUUUUCUUUUUGUGUUUUCCAUAAUUCGGUCACUCCAGAAAGAUGAGGAUAUUUAGUGUCUUUGAAUUCAUGGCCUACUGUCAUUUGCUGAAAGCAUUUACGAUCACAGUUUCCAAGGACCUGUAUGUGGUAGAGUACGGCAGCAAUGUGACAAUGGAGUGCAGAUUCCCUGUAGAAAAACAAUUAGACCUGCUUUCACUGAUCGUCUACUGGGAAAUGGAGGAUAAGAAGAUCAUUCAGUUUGUGAACGGGAAGGAAGACCUGAACGUUCAGCACAGAAGCUACAGUCAUAGGGCCCAGCUGCUGAAGGACCAUCUCUUCCUGGGGAAGGCCUCGCUUCGUAUCACAAACGUGACCCUGGGGGACGCAGGGGUUUACUGCUGCUUGAUUGGCUACGGCGGUGCUGACUAUAAGCGGAUCACUUUGAAAGUUCAUGCCCCAUACCGUAAAAUCAACCAAAGAAUUUCUGUGGAUCCUGUCACCUCUGAACAUGAACUAAUGUGUCAGGCUGAGGGUUACCCCACCGCUGAAGUCAUCUGGACAGACAGUGACUAUCAAGUCCUGAGUGGCCAAACCACCAUCACUAAUUCCAACACGGAAACAAAGCUUUUCAAUGUGACCAGCACGCUGAGAGUCAACACGACAGCUAAUGCAAUUUUCUACUGCACUUUUCUUCAAAGAUCAAGUCCUGAGGGAAACAGUACUGCUGAGUUGAUCAUCCCAGACCUACGUCUGGUUCUAGCAAAUGGGAGGACUCACUUCAUGAUUUUGGGAGCCGUCCCGUUGUUUCUUGUCGUGGUCCUGACUGCCGCUUUCUGUCUUAAAAAAAAAGAUGUGUUUUUUGAGCUGCGAAUGAUGGAUGUGGAAAAAUGUGACACCACAGAUAUGAACUCAAAGAAACAAAAUGAUCUACAAUUUGAGGAGACGUAAUCCAGGAUUGAAACUUCUGAUCUUAAAGCAGGGAUUCUCAGCCUGUGUUUUGGGCUCGUCAGGGCUAGGCAUGACCAGAGGAGUGUGGUGGGCCAGGCGAGCUGCAAAUCAUGUCGGACGAAGAGGCCCAAGCACUCAAAAAUGGAAGCCGGAAGAGAAGAGGAGGAGAACAAAGCAAGGAGUAAGAAGGGGUCACCUGCAAGGAAACCCUGGGGCUUCAGAACAACUGGGAGACUCAUGGGCACCUGAGAGAGAGAGAGGACACUUCCAAAUUGUCCAUCGCUCAUCCUGGGAAAACGAGUUGAGAUUCCCUGAUUUAAUGGUCAGUUCCUGCAGAAGUGCCCCUUGGCUUCGCCAGCAUCUCUGUUUGUCAUCUGCGUGAUUGAGAGUCCCAGUGUUGCAACAAUAUUUAAGUAUGUUAUUUCUAUUUAUUUUGAAUGUGUGGAGUCCUGUCAUGUGAGUGUGCUUGUGAGUGAUUUCUUUUGAAGAUAAACAAGAGAGGAAGUUAAAAUUUUGCCACUAAACUUACUGCUUAGUGACUUAUUUGUGUUCAAUAAGAUAUGUAGUAUUUUUUUAAAAAAAUUUUAAUGUUUAUUUAUUUUUGAGAGACAGCACAUGAGUAGGGGGUGCAAAGA